AUGAAUCAAAUCUCCUCAAGUAGGAUUCGAACCUACGACCAGUCAGUUAACAGCCGACCGCUCUACCGCUGAGCUACUGAGGAACAACGGGAGAUUAGAUCUCAUAGAGUUCAAUUCCCGUUCUCAACCCAUGACCAAUAUGAACUCGAAGUUUCCUUCGUAACCCCCGGAACUUCUUCGUAGUGGCUCCGUUCCAUGCCUCAUUUCAUAGGGAACCUCAAAGUGGCUCUAUUUCAUUAUAUUCCAUCCAGAUCCCAAUUCCAUUUUUAUAUUGUCAUUGACAUGACAUAAGAGAUGUCGGUUCUAGUCUAUCUUUUUCUAUUUCUAUAUAUGUAUAUGGAAAGUUCAAAAAUCAUCAUAUAAUAAUCCAGAAAUAGAAAAGAAAAAAGGGAGGUUAAUGAUGAUUUUAAAAUCUUUUAUACCAGGGAAUCUAAUAUCCUUAUACAUGACGAUAAUCAAUUCGGUCGUUAUGGUCGGACUCUAUUAUGGAUUUCUGACCACACUAUCCAUAGGUCCCUCUUAUAUCUUCCUUCUACGAGCUCGGUUUAUGGAAGAAGGAGAAGAAGGAACCGAGAAGAGAGUAUCAGCAACAACUGGGUUUAUUGCAGGCCAGCUCAUGAUGUUCAUAUCAAUCUACUAUGUACCUCUGCAUUUAGCAUUGGGUAAACCUCAUACAAUAACUGUCCUAGCUCUACUGUAUCUUUUGUUUCAUUUCUUCUGGAACAAUCACAAAGACUUUUUUGAUCAUAGACGUCCUACCAGAAAUUCAAUGCGUAAUCUUAGCAUUCAAUGUGUAUUCCUGAAUAAUCUCAUUAUUCAAUUAUUCAACCAUUUCAUUUUACCAAGUUCAAUGUUAGCCAGAUUAGUCAACAUCUAUAUGUUUCGAUGCAACAACAAUAUGUUAUUUGUAACAAGUAGUUUUGUUGGUUGGUUAAUUGGUCAUAUUUUAUUGAUGAAAUGGGUUGGGUUGGUAUUAGUCUGA